AUGUCGUCCAAAAUCAAUUCGGACGUUGACCGUCCUGAAACAUUGGCAGAGCAUAUCAAUGACAGAGUACACGUAGGCGGUGAUCCAGCGGUUUUCAAAUGGAAGCAUAAACCGGAUGCAUCAAGUUUUGACGAUAGUAAAGCGCUCAGUAUCAUCCGCGCAGCGAUACUGGAGCAGCACGGCGACCCGCAGCAGCUUCGAAAUACGGCAGCCCAACUAGCAAAUUUGUUGCCAGUUGGGCAAUCUAUCGAUGCCCUCUCAUCCCUAUGGAGGCUUUUUAUCUCCUUGGCGCAACAAACUCCUGCGAGCAACGUUGCGUUACUAAAUCUGGUUGUCAUCCUUGAUCAGCUUUCUGGAUCCCCUAGAACAACUACCACGGUUAACAUCGAUGGCUUCGAACAAUAUAGUCGCUUGCAUGGACUAAACCAGAUGAUUAAAGAUCAUAUGAUAUCCCCUUAUAUCUCAGCAGAAGCAACCGAAACCCUCACAAGAUGGAUCAAUCUCAACGCAUUUGCUUCACUACUAUGGUCCUAUAAUCUCAUCGACGGUCGCGACUACGCCAUUCAGCAACUACGCUCAGCAUUCGAGGACCGUAACUCGUCUGAUGUCAAUGACAAAGAUGCUGCAGACGCACGGCUCAUGGCCGCGGCUCAGUGGGCAAUUCACUCCUGCCAUCGUCUAUAUUACUUGUCUAUUAAGGCGGAGGCAACUUCCCCAGGACGCAAUGGAGCGAACGUCAGGAGUGACGACAAACGUUGGAAACCAGGUCCAAGGUUCAAAGGGCAAGCGGGAUUCUCCUUCAGAAGGUGGGAGUUUUGGCAGCAGGCGUUCGAGGAAGCCCAGGAGUUUGGAAACGGAGGUAUUGAAGCAAAGAUUGAGGCUGGAGCGGCGAGUGGAAUGAUGGAAAAGGUUCUCUACGCUGGGUUUGAGGUUUGA